AUGGCACUAUUGAUUAUACUGAUUACCUGCUUUGUGAUUCCUCUUGCUACUUCCCAGACUUGCCAGACCCCUGAUGACUUCGUGGCUGCCACUUCUCCAGGACAUGUCAUAAUUGGAGGUUUAUUUGCAAUUCAUGAAAAAAUGCUGUCCUCAGAAGACUAUCCCAGACGACCAGAAAUCCAGAAGUGUGUUGGCUUUGAAAUAUCCAUUUUUCUUCAAACUCUUGCCAUGAUUCACAGCAUUGAGAUGAUAAAUAAUUCAACACUAUUAUCUGGAAUAAAACUGGGGUAUGAAAUCUAUGACACUUGUACAGAAGUCACAGUGGCAAUGGCAGCUGCUCUGAGAUUUCUUUCUAAGUUCAACGGCUCCAGAGAAAUCGUGCAGUUUAACUGUGACUAUUCCAGCUACGUGCCAAGGGUAAAGGCUGUCAUAGGUGCUGGCUACUCAGAAAUAACUAUAGCUGUCUCCAGGAUGUUGAAUUUACAGCUCAUGCCACAGGUGAGUUAUGAAUCAACUGCAGAAAUCCUCAGUGACAAAAUUCGCUUUCCUUCAUUUUUACGGACUGUGCCCAGUGACUUCUAUCAAACUAAAGCAAUGGUCAACCUGAUUCAGAAGUCUGGAUGGAACUGGAUUGGCAUCAUAGCCACAGAUGAUGACUAUGGACGAUCGGCCCUCAACACUUUUGCAGUUCAGACCACAGCAAAUAAUGUGUGCAUAGCUUUUAAAGAAGUUCUCCCAGCCUUUCUCUCAGAUAAUACCAUCGAAGUCAGGAUCAAUGAGACACUUGAGAAAAUCAUAGCAGAAGCCCAGGUUAAUGUCAUUGUGGUAUUUCUGAGGCAAUUCCAUGUUUUCAAUCUCUUCAGUAAAGCUAUAGAAAGGAAUAUAAAUAAGAUCUGGAUUGCUAGUGAUAAUUGGUCAACAGCUACCAAGAUUACCACCAUUCCUAAUGUUAAAAAGAUUGGCAAAGUUGUGGGGUUUACUUUUAGAAGAGGAAAUACGUCUUCCUUCCAUUCUUUUCUUCAAAAUCUGCAUAUAUCUCCCAGUGAAAAUAACAAAGCCUUAAGUGACUAUGCCACACUCUUGUCUGCUUGUGCAUAUGUCAAAGACAGUGAUUUGAGUCAAUGCAUUUCCAACCAUUCUCAGGGAAAUUUGGCCUCCAAGGCUAACAUGGAUAUAGAAAGGAACUUCUCCCUAAGAAAUGAUUUCCUGUGGGAUUAUACUGAGCCAGGCUUUGUCCACAGUAUCCAGCUUGCAGCACUUGCCCUUGGUUAUGCCAUUCGGGAUCUCUGCCAAGCUCGCGACUGUCAGAACCCCAACGCCUUUCAACCAUGGGAGUUACUUGAUGCACUAAAAAAUGUGACAUUCACUGAUGAAGGGAAUUCAUUUCAUUUUGAUGCUCAUGGGGAUAUGAAUACUGGAUAUGAUGUUGUGCUCUGGAAGGAGAUUGAUGGCCACCUGACUAUCACCAAGAUAGCACAAUAUGAUCUGAAGAAUGAUGUCUUCAUCAUCACAGACCAAGAAACAAAAAACGAGUUUAGAAAUCUUAAGCAAAUUCAAUCUAAAUGCUCCAAGGAGUGCAGCCCUGGGCAAAUGAAGAAAACUACAAGAAGUCAACAUAUCUGCUGCUACGAAUGUGUGAACUGUCCUGAAAAUCACUACAGUAACCAGACAGAUAUGGAUCACUGCCUUUUAUGCAACAACGAAACUCAGUGGGCCCCUGUAAGGAGCACAGCAUGCUUUGAAAAGGAAGUGGAGUAUCUCAACUGGAAUGACUCCUUCGCCAUAUUGCUCCUGGCCCUCUCCCUGCUGGGAAUCGUGUUUGUUCUGGCCAUUGGCAUAAUAUUUACCAGAAACCUGAACACACCUGUUGUGAAAUCAUCUGGGGGGUUGCUGGUUUGCUACGUGAUCCUUCUCUGUCAUUUCCUCAACUUUGCCAGCACAGGUUUUUUCAUUGGAGAACCACAAGACUUCACAUGUAAAACCAGGCAGACGUUAUUUGGCGUGAGCUUCACUCUCUGCAUCUCCUGCAUUUUGGUGAAGUCCCUGAAAAUCCUGCUCGCCUUCAGCUUCGACCCCAAGAUGCAGAACUUCCUGAAGUGCCUCUAUAAACCGAUCCCCAUCAUCUUCACUUGCACAGGUAUCCAGGUUGUCAUUUGUACAAUCUGGCUAAUCUUUGCAGCACCUGCUGUGGAAGAGAAUGUCUCCUUGCCCAGGGUCAUUCUCCUGGAAUGUGAGGAGGGAUCCAUCCUUGCCUUUGGCUCCAUGCUGGGCUAUAUUGCCAUCUUGGCCUUCAUUUGCUUCAUAUUUGCCUUCAAAGGCAGGAAACUACCUGCAAAUUACAAUGAAGCCAAAUUCAUAACAUUUGGCAUGCUCAUUUAUUUCAUAGCUUGGAUCACAUUCGUCCCCAUCUAUGCUACCACAUUUGGUAAAUAUUUGCCAGCCGUGGAGAUUAUCGUUAUUUUAAUAUCUAACUAUGGGAUCCUGUGUUGCACAUUCUUCCCCAAAUGCUAUGUUAUUCUUUAUAAGCAAGAGACUAACACAAAAUCUGCCUUUCUCAAGAUGAUUUAUAGUUACUCUUCCCACAGCGCCAGCAGCCUGGCCACGAGUCAUGUUUCCCUGGACUCCACUAGCAGCAACCUUGCAGGAACCAAUCCCAACGCUGGUGGCAAGCCUGCUGCCUGGCAGGAAAGCAAGGAUCUGCAGGCACAGGCAUUUGCACACACAGGCAGAGAAAAUGCUACAAGUACAUCGAAAAUUUUGCCUCGAAAAAGAAUUUCAAGUAUAUGA